AUGAAGAAAAAGAAACGAGAGCAUUUUCGCGCGGUGGCUCUGAUAGUGAGCGUUCUUUUAUUAAUCGUUUUCGUAGUAUCGCCGUUAGAACUCGUAAAGGAUUACGAGAAGAGUAAAACGCAUCUAUCAACGCCAAAAUCCUCGGUCGAAAUCCGAUUUGCCGACUCAAUUUUGAACAACGACGCGAAGGAGACAAACUAUUCUUCUUCUUCUUCUUCUUCUUCUUCUUCGUAUCGCGAGAGAAGAAUAAGUAGUAGAAGAAGAAACCUGAUGCAAUCAUUGCUGUCACCAGAAACGAUCGAAGCGCAGCCGACGAAUUACCACGUGCAUGUCGACCGACAUCACGUCUCGGGAACUUUUUUGAAACGUGUGUCGACUUUUUUGGGUUGCAAAACGGAGUGCGACAGGUACGGGUACGAGUGCGCUGGGUUUACGUUAGAGCUUACGCAAGUUACGUCGGCGUAUGAGUGCAUCUUAGUCGGUCGAGGGUACGGUUUAGUCGCGGACGAGGUUGAAAAAGUGCAUACUUUUUAUAGAAAGAAACGAGGGGUGGAUAUGGACGAAGAUUUUGCGGGAUACGACGACGCGAACGUAUUAGUAGAGGAACGACGGAGUUCGGAAACUAAACGGAUAGAGAAUGUCACGUACGAUGAUUUGGUCAUUCAUCCAAGCCUGAUACGAAAGUUAGCCUACGCAGCAGUAAAUGGAACCUUAGCAGAGAUUACGAGAGCGUGCGAGAGGGAUCAUCGGUGCGCGGGCUUUUAUAGGUGUUCUGGAGCGAGCGACACGGCGAAUAGCAAAGCCGCAAUCGCGAGUCAGUUUGGAAUGAACAAUUUUAGAAUCGCGUACACGCAGCAACAAUUUAGAGCGUUUUCGGAGGCGAUUGUGAAGUUGGAGGAAGCGUUUGCUAUAUCGAACAAAAAAAUGGACGAGUUUCACGAAGAAGCGAGGGUGACUGGGCCGCUCUUGGAAUCAAACGAGGACGGUUUGAGAGCGAUAUUCGCCAGCGGGUAUUCAAACGCAAUUUUCCUUUCGUCCUUGCCAGACUCGAGCGAAUUAGUGCAAAGAGAAGGAAUACAAACACACUACGUAAAAGUGACAAAAACCACGGGCGGUACAGCGAAUGGAGAAAAUUGUGUGUUUCCUUUCGAAUACGAAGGCGUGGAAUAUUUCGAACCGACAUUAGAAAAAUCCUGGGAAGGAAAACCGUGGUGUUUUACCUCGUCUAGCGUGACUUUUACUUAUAGCAACGAUGAAGGUCAGAAGAAAUGGGGUUAUACAGAUACGUACGCGCAAAAUAGAAGAAGAGCGGUGUAUGUGAGAAGCGUCAAUAGUGAAUGGUCGGAGUGCUCUAAAACGUGCGGGGGUGGCUUUCGGACGCGCUCGAGAAGGACGUGUAAAGAUUUACUGACGAACCAAGCCGUCGAUUCGAGUUUGUGUGGUAUUAAUAGUGGAAGAGAAGACGACGAUGGAAAAGUUGAGAUUGAAGUGUGUCACACGCACUCGUGUCAAGAUCAGUGUUUCGUUCCGAUUGCAGAAGAUAGAAAACCGUGCAAUCCGUAUUACGAAAAUAUUCAUAAGGUGGAGAAAACGUCGGUUUCCGCGGAAAAGGAGAGAUGCGAGCUGUACGGAUGCUGCUUCGCAAACGCACGAGAAUCGGCUUCUGCCUUUAGUUGUUAUCAAUCUUUGGUGCAAGUUGAGUAUAUAGGCUCGAGCACGAACGAGUGCGCGGUAAAGCGCGACAGUUCAAGUGCAGUUUCAACGACGAUUACUAAAUGUGGCGACAGUUGCUGUCGAGCCAGCGACGACGGAGGAAACUUGUGCGAGUAUCACGUAGGAUACUCGGAUCCUUUGAACGCGACAGACCCGUGUGGAGAGUAUAGUAAUAGUAUAAGCAAUGCGAGCGCAGUAGUUGACACUGUGAAGUGGGUGUUUUUAGGAGGAAAUACGUACAUCGAGAAUUGCAUGCGCUUGAGUUCAACGAUAUCGAGAACACUCCUCGAAUGUCAGAGCGCCUGUCGCGCAGCCAUGGCGUCUCGGUGUUCGGCGAUAUCUUUCUUAGGCGCGAAGAAAAAAUGUGAUUUGUUCCUGUGCGGGGUAUUUGGUAGGAGACGCCCGUUACAAACUCAAAAUGUGGUUGGGUAUGAAUCGUACGUCUGGCGAUCGGCGGUCUCGGGAAGAUGGACGAGCUCCGCGUGGUCCGAGUGUAAAAAUACCGGUUAUAUAACGUACUCGGCAUCUUCAGCAGAGUGUACUUUUAAACAGUUUCGAACCGUGCAAUGUGUAAAUACCGUGAGUGGAUCGAUUGCGAGCUCAGAAUCAGAGUGCGUAGCGGCAGAUAAACCAUCGAUCGAACAAUUUUGCCAAGGCGCGUGUCCAUCCACGAAAACGUGCGAAGAGCUCGGGACGAAUUUCUCGGUACGAGACGCUCUUUUACAAGCGAGUAGGAUUUGGGAGAAUAACCCCGACGGUGGCGGAUAUGACCAACACUACGGCGGCUUUCCGUCUCUGCGUUCGUGUGGCACUCAGAUUUUUGAUGCGGCCCCGAACCAAACGUGGGCGAGCUUCACGAACGACCCUUUGGCGUCUGGGUGCUAUCAGGCGACUGGCGCGCAAGGCGUCUCUGGUUACGGUAAUUAUCCCAAAGACAGAGCUUUUAAAUAUCAUGAUUACUGGACGAGCUCUUUAAAUCGAAGCUGCGCUUGGAACGACAUUACGUGCAACCCAGGCGUGUCCUACGGGGUAAAUAAGGAUUUGUGCGAAUCUCGAGGCGCUCGGUUGUGCACAGCAUACGAAGUCGCCCUUGGUUUACCACAAGCUUAUUCUGCGCAAUAUUGCCCAACUUCGUUCGUUUGGACGUCGACCAAAUGCGAUGAGAACGAUUCCACUGGUGUUUUUGUUGCAAAUCCGAGUCGCAGUCGUGGUAUGUAUAAACACUGGAACAAAUUAACGUCAGCUAUGGAGCAAAUGGGGGGCAACGCCAAACAUUGCGUUUCCGCGUACACGGAUGAAUACCAGCACAUAUACCCAGCGUGUUGCGCAGACUAUGCAGUGAACACUGCAAGUAAUGCAUCUGGAUUCAAUGCUGCGUAUUAUAACGACUACAAGGAACCAAUAAGUGCUGCUGCGUAUACUUCUGUGUACGAGCGAGAAGUUGAAAUCAAUCGCGGUCUCGCCGGUCUCACCAACGGGAUGGAUGGAUACUGCAAAAGAAAAACAUAUUUGACGGACGAUUUAAGGACGGUGCGGUCGAGCGACAUCGUCGUUUUGCCGUGCAAGGCGUAUGAGGGUUCUUGCACGCCAACUUCUUUUAGUAAAACGUCGAGGAGUGAUAGGCACUCGGACUGUUCAAGCGGUACGUUUUGUGCCGUCGGAAUAGGGGAAAAGUACGGAUUACCGAGAGGCUCAAACGUCUGCAUACCAACCUAUCAUUACAAUCAGAUUAAAGUAUUAGUUGGUAAAAUACUAACUGGUGUACAGACACCGCUGGUAUUUGUCGAACGCGGUACGGCGACACUUCCGGCGAGAGCCUCUGUGAAGAUCUUGCGAGGACAGCGUAUUGGGUGCAUGGGCGCAUGGGACGGGACUGCAGACGUUGCGGCAUCAAAGACGCUUGUGAAGCAAAGCGGGCACUCGGUGCGUUCGAGCGCUAAUUACGUGCACAUGCGACCAUUUAGCGAUGAAAUGCACACGAAUCAAUCGAGUAUUCAUCAACCGUACAUGGAAUGGAACGAUUUCAUCGCCGAUGGGCGGUAUCGUGUGCCCGGAUUUUUAUACGAGGACGAUAGGCAUCAGGUUUGUAUGUGUGAUUUAGACGCGAAUGACUGUAACGCGCCAGCCUCUUGGGACGAUUUAGGUUUCGUAACGAUCGAAACUGAGUCUGAUUAUUACGAAACGCAGCGUUGCGGACUCCCUCAUGGUGGCGAUUUGUUCGAGUCUUACGAUUCAGCCUCUUUCGAGGAGUAUAUUCCUCCUCACACUCUCCAUACUUUACAAAUCUCGCAAGAACGGUUUAGAAAAACCUAUUUUAUCGAAUUUUGCGCGCAAAGGUGCACAUCGAACGCUCGAUGCGCGGGAUUUGAUGUAGUCACUCGAUCGGCCAGUUCACAUUCUACGUGCCGUUUGCGAUCGAGUUCGGUCAAGAUACGCCUUCGCCAAGGGAGAAAUGAAGAUUUAUUGAUUACAUUUUACAUGCGACGCGACGAGCGCGAUCGCGGAAUGCACUCUUGGGAUUGGCAGCCAUCUUUGAACUUUGCUUCGAAUGGUACGCACAAUAUGCUUCAAUCGCAUUGGAAUCAGGUAAUUCCAAACGAAAUUAUUCCCAAUCUCGCCCUCGGCGGAGGAAGUAUGAGUAUGAGGGUGAGCGGGGAUUUUGGCGGAUUUACCGAAAAGAUAUUUCCUCAAACGGGAAAUUUCACUUCGGAUUCGUUGACACUAGGUAGUAUUGCAAAGUUGCGACGUAAUAUAGACCCGUUGAUUGGUUCAAAGAAUUACUUAGGUGCAGGAGCAAGUUCGAAGUUUUACUCCGAGAGAGAACUUUCGCACGUUUCGUUACAUUCUGGGGAUUCGAAAGUUUUUCCUUUACACGGACAGCGAAUUUAUCACAGCGAUGGUGGUCUGCUAGGCACAGAACCAAAACGUACAUAUCGGUACAUAGCUGCAGAUUCAGCUGAGUUGAGCUCGUUACAGACAUCAGAAAGUGUGUUUUUCUCUGGAGGCUUGUAUCUAGACUACGCGAAGCCUACGUGCGGCGGGACGGCGAAUUCUAGUCCGUGCUUCCAUAAAAAGUCUCUCGUGAUCCACGCAAACGCGGAUGGAAGUGAUGUUACUGAAUACCAGUCGAAGUGCUUCAUACCAGCGUUGCAUUUAUCGGCGUCCCUUGGAGGUGCGGGUUUCGAAAGAGGGCGAAAAAUAUGUUACACGAAUGCUGAGCAAACCGAAUGGGGGUAUUGCGACUGCGAGGAGGAGCUUUCUUCCGCGAUUUUGAAACGCACUCGAUAUUGGGGACAAGACUCGAUUUUUCAUAACGCUAAAUAUCGAGGCGAAGAAGUUGUGAUGAUUACCGAUGAUUUUAACGCCCCCAUUCAAUCGAUGAAGUGUGUCGAGUCUGGGUUAGGGCUGACCUCUGGUAAGUUGAGCGAGUGCGCUUUUUACAGCAACACGACGCUGUGCUUAGAGGACGAGCGAUAUUACGACUGGGUUCGCAUCGAUUCGCUCUUCAUUAAACCGGUGAGUACUUUGCAAUACGUACGCAACGACUUGGAUCCAGCAUUAGGAUAUCCCACCGGGUACGUGCGAUGCCCUGUCGGCAAGGUUCUCACCGGCUUAGCCUUUACACACGACACGAAUCAAUCAUCUGCCAAGGCGGGUGUAGUUCCGCGUUGCGGCACGCCUAGUGGUUUUACCGUUGAUAGUUCUAAUGAAGUGAAAGCGCGAACUUUUGCAUCAAAAAGCAAUGCAGUAAAAAAAGGUACGCAUUACGAGAUGGACGAGUCGUGCGCACAGGGAUACAUCGCGACUGGUGUCGGUCUCGUCGGUAUGCGCCACACCGAUUCAUGGGGAACCUCUGUAAUGGAAGAUUCUUCGUUCAACGACAGACACUUGCUGUGCUCGCCGGUUUCAGCUAUUGGUCUUGGAAUUGCGGAUGGAUAUACUUCGAGGUCGUGUAAAAAGUUGGACUGCGCAAAUGCAGAGAUUCUUUCUUCACAAACCACCGAAUCCUUGAGCCAGUGUCUGGCUGGCGGCGCCAAUCCCUUCGGGUUUAGUCCAGCUUCAGGUGCGACGUUUACGUAUGCGCGCGAAACGAAAGUAUGCAGAAUAUACAAAGAAAGAUGCGAUGAGACCUUGACUGCUGUACCUUCGAGUGUUCCUUCUUACGAAUCAUCAACUUCCUAUCUCGGAGAAACUCGUUUUACCCCGGUGGAAUACCUGCACCCGGUAACGAUAUCGGAUUUGGCCUCCUUCGUCGUGAUGUCCAACGAGGAAGGCGUUGAUUAUUUCGUAGGAAACGUCGACGUUGUCUGGGCCACGACACCUUGGAGCAUAUGUUCGAAACCUUGCGAAAGCGGUGUACAAUUUCGUAAAGUUUUUUGCGCGCUCAGAUCGCGCCAGAUUUUAUCUGACGCAGUGAACGAUUCUAAAUGCGCUCAUUUCGAUGUAAAGCCAAACGGCAUGCAAUCGUGUAACGCGUUUAGUUGCAAUCCGCAAUGCUUGUUGAAAGUAGGCACAUCGCGAACAAUUUGUGUUCCAUAUGAAUUGGACUCUCAAGGAAACACUCAAAAUGUCAACAUUCGAAAAGCCACGUGCGAGAAAUAUGGCUGUUGUUUUGUGCCGUCCACCAGUGAAAAGGAGUGCUACUCGAAAAAUUUGACGGAGUUAAAUGAGGUUCUCCACGCUCAAUGGGUGCCACUUGCGUGGGAAAGGUGCGGAAAGACUCCACAAAAGCGUCGUGCGGACCUGGAAAUUUCGCGUAACGAUAUAAUUCAGAAAAAUCUUUGGAACACCCAGUCGCGCAUGAACGCAUGCGUGUGGCCAAACGGUACGCGCGCCGAGAUACAAAGAUGUAUAGCAGGGGCAAUGCCACCUACAACUCGACUAUGCGAUCAGUACGAAUCACAUGGUUUGCUAUGUAAUGUAGAUUGUCAUUAUGGUCGGUGUGAGGUUAUGGCUGAUUACGGCACAUGCAUUUGCCUCAACGGUUGGGCUAAAGAUCCGGACGGGAAGUGUACUCUCAAACGCGGCAUCGAUAAUGGAGAAUCGUGCGCGACACCUUCGUGGAACGUAAGCGAAUGGAGUGCGUGUGAGAAGGCACCGAUAGGAUCUGGGAUCGCAAGCACCGGUGUGCGCGGGCGUAGUGUUAAGUGUAUACCAUCUUCGGCCAUAUGCUAUACUGCGUAUUGUGAAGCAGCCACAAAGCCGGCUGAAUUUGACACCUGUAGCUACACAGAAACCCCUGCCUCCUUGUUUUUGCCAUCAGGAUGGACCCACUUUUUGAAAGCAGAAGCGAGUGAAUUACUCGACCCAAUCGAUGACUUUAUUCUAUUCGAGCGGCGCGCGCAUACGAGCGAGAAGACGUUCAAUGCAUCUGUCAGUGAGUGCGUCAGGGCGUGCUCGCAUACCGCUAGAUGUCCAGGUGUGGUUUUCACGCCUGACAUUGAUGAUAACCCCGAAAGCGGCAAUUGCGGUUUUAUAUCAACUAAGAAAUUAAGCAGAUCAGCGUCGCCAGCAUUUGAGCGAUCAAGUAGGUCUCACGUGUUUGCCAAGCGCGGCGUAUUCACGCAAUAUCCGUACAUGGGGUCCGAGGCUUUCGGUGAGCUGUUCAACGUUACGAUCGACUCAGGAGAAGUAUGGACGGAAGUGUUAACAAACGCUUUGCUUGAUUGGAACGAAAAUCAUGCAAAAUCUCAAUCCUCGAUCCCAGAAUCGGAUACAAUUUGGGACUUUAUUAGAACUCAAACGGGAGAUCAAGGCGUGAGUUUGAGGAAAUCGCUCUAUUCACUAUCGAUGCCGACGCAUCCUAAAGUUGUGGAAAACCUUCGCUUUUUGAAAAACUUUUUCGACGACGAGCAAAUAGUAGAUUCGAACAUCCCCGACGUUCUUCUCGCGUUCUCGCAGAGAUACAGAAACAUAGGUUCGCUAAUAAACUCAACCUCUCCCGAGCAGGGAGAAGACGGGGCUACCGCAGAUGUUGAAUUCACAAAGUUGCGAAAUUACUGUGCGCAACAUGGGAAGCAAUUCAACGCACCCACGUCAAGAUUGAAGAACCCUUCUCCGAUCGCCGCUCUGGAUUAUUUGAUAAAAAAAGUGGGUAGAAAAGAUCUCGCUUUCCCUCUUACAGAUGCACCAUGGCCAUUACUAACGAUACAUCCAAUUGCUCAUAUUCCCACUGAGGAGUGCGACUGGAUUUGGAGCCGAUACGAAGACGCGGAGGCAGAUAACCCAGAUGAGUACGUUGAUCUCAAUCGUACCAGUAAAGCCGGCAUCGCUACUUCUUGGUUUCGAUACAGUUCUAAUUACGACAGCAAUAAACCAGACGCAAACGUGUGUCGAAAUUCGAAUUGGUACAAAGACUCUCUACCUCGGAUUGCCGAAGAUGGGGGAGGGAGCGCCAGGUUGUCGUAUCUACAUGUUGGAAAUGUUGCAUGUAGAGGCGGACCGGCGACAAUGGUCCAACAACCCGGAGGUCACUCAGCAGCAAUCGCAUUUAAUAAAAGCCCAAGUGGGUUAUGGAAAAUGAAUAAGUUUGGGUUCAUUGCUGGUGAAGUAUCGACGUGGUUGACUGAUGUGAACCCGCUCCCUACAGACGAUAUCCGGAGACGUGGAGAAGGGAUUGAAACGUCCUUAGAUUACAUAUCUUCGAUACCUCGCGCAAUGAACGAAGGCCUGGAUAGUUAUUUAGAGGUUCGGCUUGCUAUGCAGCUAUUUCGCACCUUCUAUUAUAAUAUGGGCGGCUUAAACACCCAAGAGCGGGUCAUAAUGCUCUUACUUUCCACGUUGGAGAAAAAUCCUCACGUCCCUGAAGCAUGGGAUUUAAUUUUCACGCACUAUCAAAUGACAUCAAUUACGAAUACUACAAUCCUCGAAAAGGCUGCCAGACAAUUCUUGCACGUCGCGCGUUUCUAUCCUAAGAGUUUGGAGAAAUUUCUUUCAGCGGGCGCACGAUUAGUAGGAUGUCCUUUUGGUGUGACCAGUGAUGGUCCACUAAGGUAUUUCUUGGAUGUGGUCAUCCCCUACAUACUUGAAGGGGAAAGCUCAAUGUUUAGAUCGGCGACAAGGUAUAAUGUUCUUCUCAGAAUACUACCAUGUUAUAGGAGCGCGUAUGGAAGUAGCAUUGCUGUCUUGAAUCUGUUCAAAUCGGAACUUCUUGCGCUGGCGUGGAAUGAACCCUCCGCUGGAAUCAGACGAGCGACGCGAACUGACUUUACACUCAUCGAUACGCCUGGUAGCGCAAAUGCGUUCAAAAAUGCGUUGACAUUUUUGCUCGGAUGCGGUCCAGAGUUUACGAAAGGUAUAUGUUUCAACGGUUUGGCCGGUUACGACGCCAAUGCGACGAAGUUGUGGCUGGAGGAUUUGUUUCUUGAAAUGCCUAGAGGUCAUGUUGGUGGCCGCAUGGAUACUCUUGUUGGCACUUGGACAAUAUGUAACGAACCUGACAUCAAGCCACCUUUCGGUAUUUUAAAUGAUCCUAUUUCAACGUGGACGCAAAGAGGGAGAGUCGCGGAACGAGGUUCUUUUCGAACUUUCAAAGCUUACCUUUUGAAGUAUAAAAGGCUUGCGGGUACUUCAUUCAACGUGACUAACGAAACUGCUGUUUUCGUGGCGGGAAUUGAUCAAAGUCUUUCAAAUCCGUCCACGUUAUAUUCCAAAGGUCUUCUAACAUAUUCAAGUUCACCUAGUAAUAGGAUAAUCCUGGCAUCGUGCUCAAGUCCAUACGAAUAUCUCGGAGAAGGCGAGUGUAUGGUGAGUAACGGCCUCGAGUCCCCGAUGACAUUUCGAAAGGAAUAUUCUGAUUUGAAUCCGCAUGUCGUAGGAACAAAUGCGCACGAGGCUAGGAACCGAUGUAGAAACAAAUGUCUCGAGUUCACGUGGUGCCUUGCCGUAGAAGUUGAGCUCGAUGCAGAGUCGCAACUCACUCCUGGAUGCAAAUUAAUAACGGAUUGGACGGCUUAUGUAGUAGAAUCUGGUAACACGCUUGCAAACAAUUUUUGGGGAGGCGCAGAAACUCUCGGUGGCGAAACGUAUCAAACUCACUGUCAUGGUGGAACUUGCCGCGCCGACGCGCCACGUUUUUUCGGUGGCAGAGUGCACUCUCUAACAGGUCAUCAUUGCUAUGCGAAGCCAGAUAUUGCACCGCCGUCGCCUGCUGCACCGCUCCCCCCCCUCUUGCCUCCCCCUCCGUUACCAUUGCUACCUUCACCUCCGCCACCUCCACCGGACCUUGAUUACUCGUAUCUUGGUGAAGGUGAGUGCCGCCAAUCAAAUGGAAAUUAUGGGAUAAAAUUCUCAAAAAGCUGUUACGAUUUAUUCCCCCACACGAGCGGUACUAAUGCUCAUGACGCAAUCAUUCUAUGCAAGGCAAAGUGUAUCGUAUUCGCGUGGUGUUUAGCUGCAGAAGUUGUACUUCGGGAUAUUUGGCCAACACCUGAGUGUCGAUUAGUUACGGAUUGGAACGCUUAUGUUGUUGAAUCGACGAAUACAUUCCAAAACAACAAAUGGGGAGGUAUGCAAAGUAUAGAUGGUGAAAAUUAUCAGACUUAUUGCAAUGGAGGUUCGUCCCUGUGUGGGCCUUCAAAUGUUUUCGAUGGAGGGAAACUCAACAGUCGAGAGGGAUACCACUGUUAUCUGAAGACUGCUUCCGCACCUCCGGCGACUUUACCACCUCCGAAACCACCGCCAUCACCUCUUCUAUCCGGUGUGAGUGCGGGAGUGUUAUCAGAAACCGCGAAAAAUAACAGACGUGUGCUUAUGGAAGAGAAAUUAAAUGAAAAUCAUCUUAUCUUUGACGCUUCAUCGAGUUCUGACUCAUGA